GUCAGAUAUUACAGCGAUCCAGCCGUCCCGGGGUUGAAGAUGGCGGACCUUGAAGCAGUGCUCGCCGAUGUCAGUUAUUUGAUGGCGAUGGAGAAGAGCAAAUCUACUCCAGCGGCCCGGGCGAGCAAGAAGAUCAUCCUUCCGGAGCCCAGUAUCCGCAGUGUGAUGCAGAAGUACCUGGAAGAGAGAGAUGAUCUGACUUUUGACAAAAUUUUCAACCAGAAGAUAGGCUUUCUACUCUUUAAGGACUUCUGCAUGAAUGAGAUUGAUGAAGCCGUGCCACAGCUGAAGUUCUAUGAAGAGAUUAAAGACUAUGAGAAGCUGGACUCUGAAGAUGAGCGGUUGUGUCGUAGCAGACAGAUUUAUGACGGCUACAUCAUGAAAGAGCUCCUGUCCUGCUCACAUCCCUUUUCCAAGAAAGCAGUCGACCACGUUCAGACGCACUUGGCAAAGAAACAGGUGCCCCCGACUCUCUUCCAGCCAUACAUAGUGGAGAUCUGUGACAGUCUCAGAGGCAAGAUCUUCCAGAAGUUCAUUGAGAGUGACAAGUUUACUCGGUUUUGCCAGUGGAAGAAUGUGGAACUUAACAUCCAUUUGACCAUGAAUGACUUCAGCGUGCAUCGGAUCAUUGGCAGGGGCGGCUUUGGCGAGGUCUACGGCUGCAGGAAGGCCGACACUGGAAAGAUGUAUGCUAUGAAAUGUCUGGACAAGAAGAGGAUAAAGAUGAAGCAGGGAGAAACUCUGGCACUCAACGAGAGGAUCAUGCUGUCAUUAGUCAGCACGGGGGACUGCCCAUUCAUCGUGUGUAUGACGUAUGCCUUCCACACCCCUGACAAGCUAUGCUUCAUCUUGGACCUGAUGAAUGGAGGGGACCUGCAUUACCACCUGUCUCAACAUGGUGUGUUCAGUGAGAAAGAGAUGCGUUUCUAUGCGGCUGAGAUUAUCUUGGGCCUGGAGCAUAUGCACAAUCGCUUUGUUGUCUACAGAGACCUCAAGCCAGCUAAUAUCCUGUUGGAUGAACACGGUCAUGUCCGUAUCUCUGACCUGGGCCUUGCCUGUGACUUCUCAAAAAAGAAACCACAUGCCAGUGUUGGUACCCAUGGUUACAUGGCUCCAGAGGUGCUUCAGAAGGGGACGGCGUAUGACAGCAGUGCUGACUGGUUCUCCCUGGGCUGCAUGCUCUUCAAACUGCUGCGAGGACACAGUCCCUUCCGACAGCACAAGACCAAAGACAAACAUGAGAUUGACCGCAUGACGCUAACCAUGAACGUGGAGCUUCCAGACUCUUUCACUGCAGAGCUGAAAGGGCUGCUGGAAGGGCUGCUGCAGAGAGACGUAUCCAAGAGGCUUGGGUGCCUGGGACGAGGAGCCCCAGAGGUGAAAGAACAUCUAUUUUUCAAAGGCAUUGACUGGCAGCAGGUGUACCUACAGAAGUACUCUCCUCCACUCAUCCCUCCAAGGGGAGAGGUGAAUGCCGCAGAUGCUUUUGACAUCGGCUCCUUUGACGAGGAAGACACAAAGGGCAUAAAGCUGUUGGACAGCGACCAGGAGCUCUAUAAGAACUUCCCUCUGGUGAUAUCGGAGCGCUGGCAGCAGGAGGUGGCAGAGACCGUGUACGAGGCCGUCAACUCAGACACUGACAAGAACGAGGCUCGCAAGAGGGCCAAGAACAAGCAGCUUGGCCAUGAAGAGGACUACGCCUUGGGAAAAGAUUGUAUAAUGCACGGCUACAUGCUGAAGCUUGGGAAUCCUUUCCUGACCCAGUGGCAACGCCGAUACUUUUACCUGUUUCCCAAUCGUGUGGAAUGGAGGGGAGAGGGGGAGUCACGGCAAAACCUGCUGACAAUGGAACAGAUUGUGACGGUGGAAGAGACGCAGAUAAAAGACAAGAAGUGCAUCCUGCUGCGCAUCAAGGGUGGGAAGCAGUUUGUGCUGCAGUGCGAGAGCGAGCCCGAGUUCGUGCAGUGGAAGAAGGAGCUGAACGAAGCCUUCACCGAGGCCCAGAAGCUGCUGCGCCGCGCUCCCAAAGUCAUUGGGAAAGGCAGGGCGGGAGUGGUGGAGCUUUCCAAACCCCCCCUCACACACCGCAAUAGCAAUGGCCUGUGAAUACACACAAAAACAUAUAUGUACACACAUAUAACACACACAUACUGCAUCCCACUCCAGAUUAGUCAUAGUACAUUUGCCCUCAAACUUCCCCAUACACACCCAUACAAAAUGAUAGUACACUCUUUGGAGUGUGUGUAUAAACAAAGGUUGCCAGCCUGUUUACUUUUCUAUUGACCACGAGUACACACACUCUGUAUUAUGACCAAUUACUAGCACACCACCGUGCGUCAAUCCUGUUAUUGGGACUAAACCAGUCACUUUGCAGGGCAGUGAGAUGAGGCGGCGAGGAAGCGGUUGUUGGAAGAGCUCAGCAUGUGUAGAAACUCUGCAUGAAUGUGAUGUGGACUCAAGUCCAGUUCUCUCUCUUGAGUUUUUCUCUUUUCACAUCCCUGCUUGUCCUGACCUAGCCUUUUAGGUUAUAGUCUCAUUUGUAUGUAGGCCUUUCUUGCAUCUCCGUGUUAACAAGGAACCCACAGCAGCCUGCUAGACCAGACUGGACCAGCAGCCUGCUAGACCAGACUGGACCACGGCAGGACGGGACGCAGGGCUGCUGAACCAGGCUUUUCCACUGGCUCACCGCUGGUCACCUUAGAGGCACAAUCUGUAACCUUCUGCCAGACGGAUCUGAGGCGUAGUCACGCACACGGUUAAACAGUUUCAGUUAUUGCUGGGAAAGAAACGUUUGUUCCACUCCCAGCUGGUCAUUAUUGAAAAUAUAGGCCUGUUUUACACCUAUGUUUACAAAUAUAACCAACGUUAACAAACCUUUUACAGUAAAAGAACAUGGUGAAAACUUAAAUCUAGCUAUCGUCAUGCUAGUCCUAGUCUUAGGAGAGCUGUCAAUCAGUUUUUGAAUGAUAACUAGCUGGUUCCGAUCCUGUUUUGAAUUUGGCAGUGGGGUAGCCCUUUCGUUUACAUUUGAAUAACAGAUUGUACCUUUAAGUCACAAAGCUUAUCACAGUUUCCACAAGUCAGCUGUAUUGCUGCAAAGCUAAGAGGCGUCCGUCCCUCUUCUCUGAUUUACAUACACGCUGGUGAGCUGGCUCCGCAGCACAGACCUCGCCCUAGAUGCUUGUGCUGUGAUUGUUUGUACUACUUCGUAUCCACUGUCAUCUUCUGCUCAAGCUCCCUCCGCAGCAUCCCUUCUUCUCCCUGCCCUGUGCUGAGACUGGUUGGUAGAGCCGUUCAUGCCCAGGCUGGAUCACGCACGUGGAAGGACGGAUGCACAGAUUGAUGAUUUACAGAUGGACUCAACAGAACUCAUGGCAUUAGUCUGGAUGGAAUGCAAAUCAGUGCAUAUGUACGUGGGUUUUCUCGCUCCAGAGUGAGGGCUCUCCAGAGAGGAACGGCCCUCGGUUGGAAAAGAAUUUCUAUGUAAUCCUUCAGUUGGAGGAAAAAGGCUGCUUGACUGGUUCCAUUCUUCCAUCCCACCAUUAUUCCCUCUAUCCGUUUUUCCCUCGGUUACUGAAGUGCAUAAAGUGCCAACUUCAAUAUUUACUUGAGAUACUCGAGCACCCAGGACCUGCUUGAUAGCAGAUACUGCCCCUGGAUAGAUGGAGGGCGGGUCAUUCCAAUGCAUUAACAGGAAGUGCAAGGAACAUAGACUCUUUAGAUUGGCUCGUGUAUAGCCAGUUACCGCAGAGACUGAGAUUCUAUUGGCUGGCAGACAGCAGUUGGUUACCAUGGAAACCUGUAACCAUGAAGAGUGGUAUCCCUGGAGAUCAGUUGCCAUGGACGGCAAUCCAACCAUUGUGAAGGUUACAAUUG